CAACAGCUAACUUGACGUGUUGUGUUCUUGUGAUGUUGCUGGUGACAAUGAGAAAACAACACGGUCAAAAAUCAAAACUAUUUGGCCACAGGCCUCGACUGUAAAAUAUAAUCUACAACGGCUCCAUUGUCUGGUGGUAGAUUAGGUCAACAACGGGAUGUAGCCAUUAAAAUGGAGUAUGAUGAGAGACUAGCAAUUUUCCGCCAAAGCCGCCUCAAUCCUUUUGAUCGCGGAGACAAAGAAGAUGGUCUUCCUGGAGAAAAAGCACCUUCAAAAUGUGAAACAAGAGCUGAGCUGCUGUCCUCUGGGACCAGAACCCACAGUUCAGAUCGAACCAUGGACCUUGGCCUAGCUGAGGAUCACUUCUCAAGGCCUGUGGGUUCAUUUGUAGCAUCUGAUAUUGAACAGCUGAAACUGGCUAUAGAGGAGUGUAAGAAGCUGAUCUUGGAACUGCCUGAGCACUCAGAGAGACAGAAGGACACAGUGGUGAAACUUAUUCACCUUCGUCUGAAAUUACAGGAGCUUAAGGACCCUGAGGAGGAUGAACCUAACCUGAGAAUCCUGCUAGAGCACCGAUUUUCUAAGGAAAAGAGCAAGAGUGUGAAACAAACCUGUGACAAAUGCAGCACCAUUAUAUGGGGCCUUAUACAGACUUGGUACACCUGUACAGGUUGCUAUUACCGUUGCCAUAGUAAGUGUAUGAACCUGAUCACCAAGCCCUGCGUGAGGUCAAAGGUCAGCCAUCAAUCUGAGUAUGAGCUCAGCAUUUGUCCUGAGAUAGGACUGGACCGGCAAGACUACCGCUGUGCAGAAUGCCGCACACCUGUGUCAUUGAGGGGCAUGCCUAACGAGGCCAGACAGUGUGACUAUACUGGUCAGUAUUACUGCAGCACGUGCCACUGGAAUGACACAGCCAUUAUCCCAGCUCGUGUUAUCCACAACUGGGAAUUUGAACCACGGAAGGUCUGUCGCUCCUCAUUACGAUAUCUAGCCCUGAUGAUGUCGCGCCCUGUGCUCAAGCUGAAGGAAAUCAACCCUCUGCUGUUUAACUUUGUGGAGGAACUGGUUGAGAUCAGGAAGCUCCGUCAAGACAUUCUGUUGAUGAAGCCGUAUUUUAUCACCUGUAAGGAGGCCAUGGAGGCCCGGCUCCUACUGCAGCUCCAGGAUCGGCAGCACUUUGUGGAGAACGACGACAUGUACUCGCUACAGGAUUUGAUUGACAUUUCCAGUGGGCGACUCAGCUGCUCCCUCACAGAGAUCCACACCAUGUUUGCUAAGCACAUUAAAUUAGACUGUGAGCGUUGUCAGGCUAAAGGCUUUGUAUGCGAGUUGUGUAAAGAAGGAGACAUCCUGUUUCCCUUUGACAGUCACACUUCAGUUUGCCACGAGUGCUCGGCCGUGUUCCACAGAGACUGUUACUAUGACAAUUCCACAACCUGUCCGAGAUGUGCCCGAAUGACUGAGCGUAAGCAGGACGAGCCAAAUGAAGUGUGAAGCUGGAGGACCGGAUGCUACACUAUGCCUCACAUUGUACAUGAAGACUUGUGCAGACUUAGCUGUUUGUCUGAUUUUGUUUUGUAUGGACGUUUGUGCUCUCUACACAUGGAGAUAUAUUUUAUCCAGGUUUUAAAAUAUGUGUUUUUCUGUGCAUGAUGCAUUUGUGCAUGUUUGUACAAAUGUACAAAAUACCCAGUGAAGAAGAAAGCAUGAUAUCAGCGGGUAAUUUUACACACCUAAGUUCUGUUAAAUAUUACAGUCAUACCACUGCCAAAUUUCUUAAUUGCAUAAUCUUUGAAUUUCAAUAACUAUAAGUUCAAUUUAACAAGCAUUGGCGCGCUAGACAUUUCUAAAGUCGAAGAAUUUGGUGGGGGGCUAAAGUCUUAUUUGUAGCUAAAAGCAUUGUACUGGGCUGAUAAUCCCUGAGCAUCGCUUUACUAAGUCAUACUACCAUUUAUCACAGCAUAAACACACAAUCAGUUUAACAGUGAUUGGUUUAAAUCUGUGUAUAUGAUCACAUUUCAUCAUUUAUAACUGUCCAUGUACUCAAGUAUUACACCAUCACUGGUUGCCUUCAUGUUUUUGAUGUCUGUUUUACAUUUUAUGACUUAUUUGACAAAGUAGCCAUUUCUUUCCUUUUCAGGCCUUAAAGUAGCAUUGCUUCUCAGUAUUCAUUUUGCACCAAUAGAUUUGGCACAUAGGCGUGUUUUAAAUUCAUUUUGCGAACUUGGAUUCUUUCUGAAUAACUGGAUAGUAUGUGACCUAUAAUCGGUAACAAUAAAGAAGUCCGUAUGCAUUGAGUAUAAC